GAAUUCAAAUAAACGUGCACAUUGCACAAGCUGUACUCGAAAAUCUCAAGUUUUUCAGUUGCUCUUUCUCCUCUAAAUUGUCUUAAAAAGUUUUUUUUUGUCAAUCAUUUACUGUAAAAUCACUGCUGGCCUGUUAGAUUAAACUAUGGUCGACACGAAUACUACCCUUGGGAACUAGGUACUAGUGUCUUGAUUAGAAUGCUUUCAUCGAAUUUUGCUCGUACGUUGAUCGGGCCUUCGGUUUUGAAAGGUAGCUGUUCUCAGUGUAUGCGAUAUAAAUUGCCGGUGUUCAGUAGUCAGUCGCCAGAUUUUACAGUUCCUCGACAACACUAUGCUGAUCGUAAAGGCAAAGACGAAAAUUUCAUUAAGACGUCGUCCGACAAAUUCAAAGUGUUCAAAGAUGACGAUUCGAUGGUAAUUCUGGAUAUUGAAGAAGAACGAGCUCUGCACGAAGCCGAAGCCGACAGUAUAGACUUCACCGAGCUGGAUGAAUUUGCCGGUCUGAAUACAUCACGUGGUAUAUGUGGUGUAUUUGAAGUAGAAGAUUUAGUUGCGGUAUUGGAAAAAGACAACGCUUUGGAUAUAUUUGUUGUUGCAGUUCCUGCCAAUAUCAGAUAUGUAGAUUACAUAGUAAUUGCAUCCGGAAAAUCACCGAAACAUUUAAUGGCCAUCGCCGAGUUUGUGCUUAAACUGUACAAGAAGAAACGAAGCCAAACAGAUACUGUACCUCGAAUUAUCAAUAAGAAGCCAACAGAUUGGAUCGCAUUAGAUAUAGGUAACAUAGCUCUGCAUUUGUUGACGGCCGAAAGGAGGAAAGAUUUCGAUUUGGAGACGUUUUGGAGUGUAGGCGAAAAGUUUGACAAACUGCUCAACGAACCAGAGGACUCGCUGGUGACGCUGUUAAACGAGAAUUCGUUCAGCUUGGAAGGACUGGAACCUCAGACCAACGAACCCGAAAAACUGUCCAAAUUGUUGUAGUUGGCAUCAACCCCCUACCCCCCCCCCCCAAGUCGUUUGUAAAUAGAGUCUUUUGAUAAACUAUAUUACCUCGUAGAAAU